UCCACCCCGCAUUAUCCAUGGCAGCCUCCUUGUUGUUUGGAUUUAAAAAUCAACUGAAUAAAAGAUCCUUUCACCGCACUGCAUCUGUAGGUGAUUCACUGUAUGUGUGGGGUGGUCAUCAGGAUGGUUUACCUCGAGGCCUACCUGAAGAACAUGAUAGUAAAGAGAAGAGAAAGUUCACUACUAAUAUACAACACUUUACUCCUUCAACUGGUCAAUGGAUCACUAAAGGUACUAGUGGUACUCCUCCAUUAGGAUUUAGAGGAUGCUUCUGUACUGCAAUAAAAGAUCAAUUGUAUAUUUUUGGGGGAUGGUGUGGCCAUGACAUCUGUUAUUACAACAGUAUUACACAGCUGGAUACCGUUAGUCUUCAAUGGAGGGAAUUAGAACCAACUGAUGCAACUAGACCAGUUAUGAGGAGAGCCGGUGGUGGAAUGAUAUCAUUUGAACAUGAUGGAGUACACCAUUUACUAAUGAUAGGAGGAAUAGGAUCCGAACCAUCUGUGCAACUGCCUUAUCAUAAAUACAUUGAGUUAUUUGAUGGAAAAUGGCAAACUAAUGAGCACUCAAUGUAUAAUCUAUCAUCAAGAAAAUGGCAUAAUCCUACAAUCAUUGGCCUGUGUAUACCAGCUGCUUGUGUCUUUAUCAUUGAAAAGAUCAACAACACUAGAGCUGUUCUGUUUGGUGGAGUAGAGACUGAUAUUAUUGAUAAUGAUGAGAUGAAUACUGCUAGUAACAAUGUUUACAUAUUAGAGAUAUCAAUCAGCACUGUGUUCUGGCAGUGUAUAAAGAAACCUGUAGCAAUAGACCAAUGGCCUGUGGGUAGAUUCCAUCUUGCAGGUGCUGUUAUUAUAACUGGAUCAGGCUGUCCUAUGCUAGUGAUAAGUGGUGGGUUAGAUAAGAAUGAUGAUACAUUAGAUGAUUGUUGGAUCUUUAAUAUCACUCAACAUUCCUGGAUAAAGUUGGAUGUACCUCACUUUGUUAAUGAGAGACAUGGUCAUUCUCUUUCAGUGUUCAUUAUGAGUCCUCAAUGUGUCUGGAUAAUAACUGCUGGAGGAUGUGUUGAUAUACAUGUAGGAUUGACAUUAGUCACUAAUCCUAAUAUUGUUAUGUUAACUGAAUUAGUUACUAACAGUAAAGGAGAGUGGACAGUAGGUGAUACAUUAGAUACCAAUGGCAUGAAUAAUGAAGAAUACAAGAAGAAGUAUCAGCAACAACUACAGUUAGGAAGAAGAAAUUGGUUGGAGGAGUACCAGAAACUAAGAAAAGGAGAUACAGCCGAUAUUGAGCAAACCAUACAAGCUCUUAUGAAGAGUCUUGAAGAGAAGGAGAGAGAAGCACAAGUUUAUUCUCAACAAUUGGAGCAGAAGGAAAGAGAAAAAGCAGAGAAAGAUCAAGAAAUAGGAAGAUAUUGUCAUCAACUACAAGAGAAGGAUAGAGAGCAUCAGGUGGUACUACAGGAGGCAUUGCAGGAGAAGGAUCUAGUCAUACUUGCAAAGGAUAGGGAGCUGCAGGAGAAGGAUCUAGUCAUACUUGCAAAGGAUAGGGAGCUGCAGGAGAAGGAUAGGGAGCUACGUCAAUCUCUAGUGGCCAUUGAUAGGUACCAGCAACAAGCACUUACUGAUGAUCACUGGGUUAUUAAUAAAGAUGAGGUGACUUUGACAAAGGAGGAGUUAGGAAGAGGAUCUUAUGCUGUCGUUACAGUUGGUAUCUUUAGAGGUUUAAGAGUAGCUGUCAAGUCACUUCAUACUAUCAUUAUCUCAAAUUAUAAUCUAGGUAUCUUCUCCAGGGAAAUGAGUAUAGCAUCACGAAUACGUCAUCCUAACCUGGUCCAGUUUAUUGGUGCAACUAAAGUGGGUAAUCCUCUCAUCUUGACUGAACUGAUGAGCACUAGUCUUAAUCAGGAGCUUCGCAGAAACCAAUUAACCAAGCAACAGAUUCUCAGUAUUGCUCAAGAUGUAGCUUUAGGCCUCAACUACCUUCACCUGUUUAAGCCUCAGCCUAUUAUUCACAGAGAUGUGAGCAGUCCUAACGUAUUAUUAAAGCCUUGCACUGGACCUGCUGGUUAUGAAGCUAAAGUAGCAGAUUAUGGUACAGCUAAAUUAGUGCAAGUUGACAGUCCUGGUACUGUUAUGCCAGGCAAUGUUGCAUAUGCUGCACCAGAAGCUCGUGAUCCUGACAAACACAGUCCAGCAAUGGAUGUCUACAGUUACUCUGUUCUCCUUAUGGAAAUGAAUUUGUGCUCUCCACCAGAAAUGACGACAGCAGAGAGAGAAGUACAAGCUGGUAGUGUCUCCUGGUCUGAUAUGAAGUCUCUCAUACAAAGAGGACUUAAUGCUAAUCAUAGUGCUCGUCUUACUAUGGCUGAAGUAAUAGAGUCAUUGAAAAGGAUGAAGAUUUGAAUUGUUCGUAAUUUUUGAUAUUUUAAAUUUCUAAUUAUUACUGCUGCCUUUAAUAGUGUGUUUUUCACAAUUAUGAUUAUUCUUCUCUCAUCUGUAUUUUUUCUUUCUUUAUAAAAUAAACUUAAAUGCAAAAUUGAAA